AUGAACAACAAUGAUCGGGUGCUGUCAAUCCCACUGAAGAAGACUGAUCCGGUGGAGCUGUACCUGCCGUUACGUAAGUUGGUAGCCUCAAAAUACUCCGAGAGCGAUGCACAAAAAGUUGAAAGCGUUCUCCAAACCCUAAACAAAUGCCGCCGGGACAUGGUGGAGCCUAGAGCGGACCUCUCCCUUCCCAUGCAACGUGACUGCCUCCUCCACUACUUCAAAUGCCUUUACAUGGUUGAGACACUCUUCACCUCUCUCUCCUCCGACGCCGACCCCAUUCUCUUUGUCUGGUACGACGCCUUCAACCCUGACCAUCAGGAUGGGGUCUCCUCGCAGCGCAGCGCCAUCCAAUUGGAGAAGGCCGCUGUUGUCUUCAACCUCGGAGCCAUCUACAGCCAGAUUGCUGCCUCUUGCGACCGUACCACCGCCCUUGGCCGUCACCUUGCAAUUGAAGCCUUCAAAGUUGCCGCCAAUUUCUUCCUCCAACUCUGGCAGGUUUUUGCCAAGGACGUGGUCGCCACCCUCGAUUUGACUCUCGUCUUCGCGGAGUUUCUGCACCUCCUCUUCUCCGCUCAGGCUUCCGAGCUCGAAUUACGGGAAGAACUGAACAACAACGACGCCAGUUACGCUCUCCAACAACACCGAUGUGCCCUAUCGUUUAUAUCGGUUUCUAAGCUUUAUAGUAGAGCAUAUGAACUGAUACCUACUGAUUCGGCUGCACGGAAACAUGUCGACUCUUUUGACCAAACCUGGGUAACUCAUCUUUACCAGAAGGCCACAUUCUUUGAGACGGAGGCUCGUCAGAGGCAAUCAUCCAUCCUACCCGAAUCCGAGCGACCUCAUGAAUUCUCAUCGGUCGAAUCCUGUGCUCUUGAUCAUGAUGCAGAAUGUGUCCCUGAGAUAUUAGUUAGAGGGAUUUGCUGCGGGUCCUCGACGAAAGCCAAGCUGCACUCGACGGUAUCCAAGCUGCCAUACCAUGUACCAACACGACGAAUGCCCAUUGACCUCAUCCACUCCGAGUACAAUCCUUUCAAGAUGAUGAAGUAUGGAAAGCUGGUGGCUUACCCAUGGGACAUGCCUCCUCCUUAUCCAACAGAAUCGGCAAUCCUCCAAUCUUCCUUGUCUUCUUGGUCGUCAGAUUCGGCAAUCCCCCAAGCUUACUUGUCUUCUUCGUCGUCAGAUAUUCUUGCAUUCAUUCCUUUGAAGAAGAGUGAGCCCUUGAAUCUCUAUGAGUCCCUGCGCAGUUACUUUGUCCUCAAAUACUCUGAGAGUGUGGCAGAGAGAGUAGAUGGCCUUCUGGAAAUGCUACACAAAUUGCGCAAUGAGAUGCUGCGUGAUGACCUUUCGCUACCCCUUCGCCGUGACUGCCUCAUGCGUUAUUACAAAUGCCUUUGCAUGAUUGAGCCUGUCUUCCCUAUGAAUGCCUCACCCAACCCACCUAUCUUUGUUUGGUACAAUGCCAUCAACCCUCAACAGCACUCUUCUCAGCAUAACAUCCAUUUGGAGAAGGCCUCUGUUCUCUUCAACCUGGGAGCCCUCUGCACCCACAUUGCUCUCUCCUGCGAUCUCACCACCGUCCAAGGCCGUCGCCUUGCCAUGGACGCCUUAAAGGAUGCUUCGUAUUGGUUCCAUCAACUGGCCAUGUUUGAGUCUCGCAAGGCAUCUGGCACCAUUGACGUGUCACGAUACUACAUCCAUGUCCUAGAUUUUCAGUUUCUCGACUUGGAAUUGAAGUUUCGUGUUCCCCAACCUGAUGAACCAUCAUUAUCUGGAUAUCCUGUUUCAGCUUAUUAUCCGUCGACAUCUGGGCCUCCUUUAGCUUAUGAUCCAUCGAGUGAUGUCACUCAACAAUUUGUUUUAGGGUAUUCUAAUGCUCACUCCCUGCUUCAAGGGGUAUGUGAAAUACCAGCACCAUGCUUAGACCUUCUCUCUGAGGUUAGCCCCGUCAAGAUUAAGGAUGGAAAUCUUGUGGCCAAUGCCGCAACCUUAGAGGGCACCAAAUUUGGCAUUGGAGAACAUGAGCUUGCAGGAGACACAACAACUGUAGCAUUACCGUAGAGAAAAGCUUUAGUUGGCACAGUGUUUUUUCUUUACAAAUUUCUCUCAAACCCCUAUGUGCAUAAGAAUUGAUAAACUGAGAAUUACACAAUUAAAACUUCAAU